AUGAGUGAAAUUGAGCGGGGGCUAUUUAUCGUCAUAGAAGGACUAGAUAGAUCUGGUAAAUCUACAGUUUGUAAAGGACUCAAGCAAUUACUAGAGUCUGAAGGUAAAAAGGUUAAACUUAUCGGAUUCCCUAGAAGGGACAGUACUAUAGGUAAUAUUCUAAGUGAAUAUCUAAAGUGCAAAAAUGAUCUACUUCCUCAGACGGCUCAUCUACUCUUUUCCGCUGACAGAUGGCAGGCUCAGAAUGAUAUUAAACAGUCACUCAGUGAAGGCUUUUAUUUGAUUUGUGAUAGAUAUGCAUAUUCUGGAGUUGCAUAUUCUGUUGGUGCUCAGGGCUUAAAUAUUUCGUGGGCCAAGCAUUCCGACACUGGAUUAGUAUCGCCAGAUCUAACAUUUUACCUAAACAUCAAGAGUAAUAUAAUAGCAAAGCGUAGUGGUUUUGGCAAUGAAAGACUGGAAAAAAUCAAUUUAAUGGAGAAUGUUGAACUGGCCUAUCAAAUGUUUCAAAACUCUCCAAAUUGGAUUUUGGUCGAUGCAAAUCAGGAUAUAGAGGCUAUUACAAAACAAUUGCUGGGUAUAGUACUAUCUACUAAGCCCGGUACUAUGAAAUUUCUAUGGGAAUGA